ACAGCCAUGACAGUAGCUGCCGUACCACCUGUGCUGAGUGCUGUGGGCUUCACUGGGACAGGAAUUGCAGCCUCCUCUGUAGCAGCUAAGAUGAUGUCCUUGUCAGCUAUUGCUAAUGGGGGUGGAGUCCCAGCUGGAGGCCUGGUGGCCAUUCUGCAGUCUGCUGGAGCUGCUGGACUCUCCAUGCCAUCUUCAGUCCUCGUGGCCUCUGCAGGGUCUGCCACUGUGGCCAGUGUGAUGGGCAUCUGUGAGAGUUUCUACCCUUUUCUUAUGGCGACAGAGGUGGCAGACAUGGUGACAGAGGUGGCAGACAUGGCGACAGGGGUGGCAGACAUGGAAACAGAGGUGAUAGAAAUGGGGACAGAGGUGGCAGAUAUGGUGACAGAGGUGGCAGACAUGGCGACAGAAGUGGCAGACAUGGGGAUAGAGGUGACAGACAUGGGGACAGAGGAGGCACCACCCAACUUGUCUAACACAGUGAAGAUAUAAUAACCCCAGGUUGACGAUC